CACGGAUUAUGACGAAAGGCGGUAUCGGCCACCCUCUUCUUCCCAUCGUUGGCAUGACUUAUGUUUGAAAUUCAAAGAUGAAUUCAUUCAUAUGCUCUCGUAUUAAAAGACUUCCUGUUCAAAAUUGGCAGCAAGUUCGGCGGGCCACAUCAUGUGCUGGACCUUUGGCUGGCAUCAAGGUUCUAGAUCUUACACGGGUAUUAGCCGGUCCAUUCUGCACGCAAAUUCUGGCAGAUUACGGUGCGGAUGUGAUCAAAAUUGAACAGCCUGUUACUGGUGUAAGGCUCUUAUCCUCUAGCAUCUAUUUUCAUUUUCUGACCGACUAGGACGAUACAAGACGAUGGCGGACAGAAGCAGAGAAGCACAUUUGGAGAGACGAGGACCAGGACAUGUCGCUGUACUUUUCUGCUGUCAACAGAAACAAAAGAUCCGUGGCAUUGGAUCUCAAACAUCCCCAAGGGCGUGGGAUUUUGCUCCAGCUAGCCAAACAGGCCGAUGUCGUAAUCGACAAUUUCAUCCCUGGAAAGAUGGACAAUCUCCAAAUCGGCUAUGAUGUUCUCUCCGGAGUCAAUCCCAAGAUAGUUCAUGCAAGUAUAUCCGGCUACGGUCAAACGGGACCUUACGCGAAACGCGCAGGCUAUGACCUCAUUGCGGGCGCCGAAGCAGGCCUCUUACACAUCACGGGUGAAACCGAUGGGCGGCCGUUGAAGCCUGGCCUCGGGCUCACCGAUAUGUGCACCGGCCUAUACACACAUGGGGCCAUUCUAGCGGCCCUUCGCUCUCGCGAUGUAUUGGGCAAGGGCCAGGCCAUUGACACAUCGCUUUUUGAGACACAGAUCUCUCUCAUGUCCAACGUCGCCAUGUCCUGGCUGAAUCUGGGCCAAGAGUCACAGCGAUGGGGAAACGGCCAUCCUACCAUUGCGCCUUACGACAGCUUUGAGACAAAAGACUCGCAUAUUGUAGUCGGUGCCGUCAACGACAGACAGUAUAAGAAGUUGUGCAUGCUGCUGGGUUGCGACGAGCUUGCAGAUACAGAUCAAUAUGCGACAAAUCCGGAUAGGGUGCUGCACAGAGACUCUCUCAUGAACGAACUUCAGACCAUAUUCAGAACAAAGACAACGGAGGAGUGGUGUGCAGUAUUUGAAGGCAGUGGUAUGCCGUAUGGCCCCAUCAACACUAUAGAAAAGGCUUUUGAGCACCCGCAAGUAGGCGCGCGGACCGCAGUCACUACUAUAGAAGAUAGUAGAGUUGUCACUGGCUACUUAAAAGUACUGAAUCCUGCCGUUGCUUUUAGUGGUGACGACGUUGGAAUACGCACGGCAGCGCCGAGUCUGGGCCAGCACACCGACCAAGUAUUGAAAGAAAUUGGAUUCUCUACUUUAGAAAUAGACAACUUCAGAAUAGACAGGGUAAUCGGAUAGACAAUCGCCC